AUGUGGCUUCUUCAGGUCCCUCCCAAGCUCUCAACCCCGUUUCUCAACGGCCACGGGCAUGGCUUCACCCUUUUCUCCAAACCCAAUUCCGCCCUGGCUCAGCCCCAUUGGGCACCCGCUUGUUCUGUGCCCCAAAUAAAGGCCAUGAAGACAAUGCAGGGAAAGGUUGUGUGCUCCACCAGCGACAAGACGGUGGCAGUGGAGGUGGUGCGGGUGGCCGUUCACCCAAAGUACAAGAGGCGCUUCAGGAAGAAGAAGAAGUAUCAGGCCCACGACCCAGAUAACCAAUUCAAAGUCGGCGACAUCGUCCAGCUCCAGAAGACCAGGCCCAUCAGCAAGACCAAGACUUUUCUCGCCGUCCCCGCUCCCCAAAGGCCCUCCAACAGACCCUCCCAGCCCGACGCCCAGCCCGAUGAACUUUCAAUUCCUUUCGAGUCCCAGCCUCAGCCCUAG